AAUAAGAACCCAGAGAAAAACUCACACUGGAAUCUAUUUACUAUUAUAUAUAUGCUUAUUUGUUGCCAUAGACUAAGGUUGUGCGCGAAUAUCUCCACCACGGCCAAGGCACAAGAGGCCAAUCUUGCCGAUAAACGAAACAACCCAAGAAUUUGUACAGCAACAACUUACAUAUGGCGACGAUUCAAGAAGCCCGAGGCUCUGUAAGCCUUAUCGGUGAGGCUAUUGAUAUUUUGGCUACUAGCGCAAUCCCGGACUUGAAGCGUAAAGUACGGGACUUUCAAAUCCAAACAACCCCGUUUCAUAUCACACUCGUCACGAAAGAUGAGAAACGCAAUCUUUCGCCCGCUGCUCUUGCAUCUCUAGUUAAGUUUACUGCAGCUAGCGCCUCAGAAAUUGGAAUCUUUCACCACCUGGGCACUGCUUGUAUAAAAAGGGGCGGCAGCGAUGUUGCAUUUAUCGUCGUUAUCUGGGUGUCCGGACAGCAGAUUCGGAAACGUUUGGGUCUACCACACAAGGAUUUCCACAUUACCCUAUCCGCUAAUGAUAAUCACAAUAUUGAUAAAAGUAUCGCCUGUCUACGUGUGGGGGAAUUUGAUGUUCAAAAUGCGUCAUUGGAAUGCCUGGACCAUCUUACAUUUACUCUCCAUAAUGCGGGGCGAUAUCUCGACGCAAAAGCGUACUCGCAAGAGAUUCUAUUAAGGGACCCUGAAUCAUCAAAGGGAUGGCUUCGAUUAGCAGAUGCGGCUCUCCAACUGGGAGAAUUUAAAGUUUCCAUGUUGGCAUACGCGCAAGCUUGGAAAGCAAGUGAGAACGACAAAAUGAGUGCGUAUACCGUGAAAAUGUUACAUAAAUGCUCUACGGAUACCGAAUGGGGACACUUGCUGCAAGAAGAAGAAUUGACCCAGCUUGAGAGCGUCUCAAAACAAAUAAGACAGCGUUUGUUGACGCCUUGGCCGAAUAAUCUGCGUGAGUCCAUCGCAGAUAUGGGGGUUCCUCCUUCGCUGUGUCUCGAGCCGCGUCGGCAUCUUUCCAUACCAGACAGCAUUGGAGUGUUUUCUCUCCCUCGUUUUUUUCGAUGGCUUGUGCCUUUCAAAAUCGCAGUUAUGUCAACGCCACGCAACGGACGAGACAUCCGGGCAUUAAGCUCUGACGGCAUUGGAAUUAAAACUGUUCUUACUCUUACGGAGGAAGAACCACUGGAUCAAUCAUGGUUUAAUACGAGGAUUAAGAAUGUAUUCCUUCCGAUUCGAAAUUACUAUCCUCCUUCGAUUGAGCAGAUGGAUAUCGCCAUGCGUAUUUUGACAGACGAAGAGAGCCUUCCAGUUCUGAUCCACUGCGGUGGGGGGAAAGGCCGUGCAGGUUCAAUCGCCGCCUGCUACAUGGCAGCCUGUGGCUUUACUAAGCCAAAUCUACAAUCCGACGACUGGCAACCAGCAAUGUCAGCGCAAGAUUCGAUUUCAAAGCUCCGUGCUAUCCGACCUGGGAGCAUAGAAACCGAACAGCAAGAGGUCUUCAUAUCGAAAUGGGUGAGCGUGCUCUGGAAACGACAAUCCCUCUUCCCCACCGCAGUCCCUGAGCCACCAGCCUGUCCACUCGAUAUCACGGGGCAGCUCGACGGCUCCGUUGAUUUCCUCAUGCUCGUCGGUAUUCCCGGCUCAGGAAAAUCAUGGGUGGCGAAGUCACUGCUUGCCCGUGACCCACGCUGGACCUACGUCUCACAAGAUGAGUCGAGUCGCUCCGCCUGCGAAACAGCUGUCAGUCGCACAAAAGGGAAACUCAUACUCGACCGGUGCAACACGAGUGCCGCGGACCGGAAAUUCUGGCUUCAGCUUGCAGAUGCCAAAAACGCGGUGUGCGUACUCUUCGACUACGAUACUGAGUUAUGCGUGUCGCGCGCCCAACAGCGGGCUGACCACCCCACUCUUCCUCCAGGGUCAAGGGUGCUAAAUGCGGUGAAGCAGAUGACGGAACAGUUUUCUGCGCCAGAGUUUAAAGAGGGGUUUAAGGCAGUGCUCACCGUGAAGUCCUUUGCGGCGUCUGAUGAUUUAAUCUCUCAACUCUCGCCUACUAUUGGACUCCUGAAAUUCCCUCGCACAGCCCAUCUUAUCGACCUUGGUGCCAUUGGUUCAGAUGAUAUUCUACUCCCCUCUGCGCCUGCACUCUCACCUGGAUGCACUGUGGUGAUCACAGAAAAAGUCGACGGCGCGAAUAUGGGAUUUAGCUUGUCUUCAGAUCGGCAAUUGUUGGUACAGAACAGAUCUCAUUUUGUGAACUCCAGCUCGCAUAGCCAGUUCAAGAAACUCGAUUCAUGGAUGGCAAGACAUAGGGAGGAAUUAUUUGGAUUAUUGAACCAAGACAAGUACUUCCCGCAGCGGUAUAUUUUAUAUGGGGAGUGGAUGCAUGCUGUGCACUCAGUCUCGUAUAAUUCUCUGCCUGACAGAUUUUUGGCAUUCGAUCUGUUUGAUCGCGGGGAAGGCAAGUUUGUAAACAGAGAGACUUUGGAAACUCUGUUGAGCGGAACUGAAAUUCAUAUCACGAGAGUUAUGGAAAAGAGGGAUACAAUACCGACAGAUAUUGAAUUGAGAGCAUUGGUACAGAGGCAGUCAGCAUUCGCAGAAGGUAGGGUAGAAGGCGUGGUAGUAAAGAUUGAAGAUAAGAACUGGGUAAAGUGGAGAGGAAAGGUUGUGCGGGGCGAUUUUCUGGCAGGUAACCAGCACUGGAGCAAGAACAUCAUGCAAGAAAACGGGAUUUUGGUCACCAAUAUGGAGGAAUUAGACAUUGCGUCCUGAGACUGAUCUUUACAACUUUCUCCCAUCUCUAGCGAUAAACCUGGUUCACUUCGCUCCCUGUUGCGCCUGAAGCUUUUUCAUCUGCGCGCCGACUGCCUCGCGAUACUCUUCAUCAAUGACGACCAGUCCGGCUGCUCCUUCCUUGUUGACAAUCUCGUCCAUCUUCUCGGUACUCAGCAUAAGCGUGGCGAUGAUGACGGCCUCCUCCGUCUCCGAGGCGUUAUCGCUGAUGCGGUGUCUGCAGCCAGGAGCCUCGUAGAAGCUAUCGCCAGCAUUCUUAAUUGUCAUGGGAUCAUCGUUCAUCUUGUUUAGGACAGAUCCGGUCAACACGUGAACUGCAACGAAUGCGCCUGCAUGGGUAUGAGGUGGCGUGGACCCUCCUGGGGGGAAAGUGACUUUGAGUGCCAGCACGGAAUUGCCUGGGGCGCUGAGGACUUUAUAGUGGUAUAGGACUUCGAGAGCUGGGAAUGGGCGUCUGUCAUGUGUCAGUAGCUUGUUUGUCGAACCCCAAGGGACUUGUGAGAUAGAGGUAUCUCACGUUGCAUCAUAUACUGGCUCCUCCCUGUUUGCGACCUUGGAGAACACCAUUUUUGCUGUAUUAGAGUAGAAUCUGUUGUUUUUUGUAUGAGGUUCUGAUGUGUAUAAUUUGCUAUUUCGCUUUGAGGUUGUGGUGUAUAACUUGAGAAAAUUAGAAGUUAUAUAAAUAUCACCUUAUAUUACAAUAUAGCACUCACGUGAUGGACCCAUUCCAGGUCUAGAACAACGCGGCUUCCGUUUAGGGUAUUCGGGGACUGAUAGGCUAUGCGGGUAGACGCCACACCCGUCGUUAGUUGGCCACUAAACGACACCGCGCCCCGCUAAUUCCGCCUUUAAGAAAGGGCUGGGAUUCUCCAUUGUAAGCAUUCCGGAGUAUGGACUUCCAAUUGCUCCGUGGUUACCUAAUACCCUAAUGCGUAAUAUAAUACCGUCACCACGUAAUCAUCCCAC